GAGAAAUCGGCUGAUUUCGAGCUCGUCCCUCUCUAUCGACGAACACUCCGUCAAGCUUCGCAAGCGAAUUGUCAAGAUGGAGUUGACAGGAUAACUGUGACUACUACAACAGCUUUGAGUUGUUCGGACGAAUGGGUUGCACGUAAGGCCAGUACUAGUGGAACUAUCUUUUAGGAUCCGACGUAUACGAGUCAAGCCCAGUCAUUCGUUUUUGCGUCUUUUACGUCUGGGUUAAGACUCACCUGCACCAUGACGACAAGUGUGCAUCCUAACGCACAGGCAGGCUUCGCGACUGGGACGAAUGAAUUAUAUGAUCGGGUUCGCCCCUUGUACCCAGCCGAUUACCUUUCUUAUGUUCGCAGCCAGGUACCCAAGAGCACCGUACCAUUGAAAAUUGUUGAGAUUGGGGCAGGGACGGGCAUGUUCACCCGUGCCUUGUUGGCUCACUCCGAAUGGUCGUCGAGCAUAGGCACUCUACGGGCUAUCGAACCAAGCGGUGGCAUGCGUGAUUUUUGGACGAAGUCUGUCCAAGAUAAUCGCUGUACUAUUGUCAAUGGGACAUUUGACGACACCGGCGUGGAAGAUGGGUGGGCAGACCUCAUUAUAAUCGCACAGGCAUUCCAUUGGUGUCUUGACUAUGGGAAAGCUUUCACUGAGUUCGCUCGUAUCUUGAACAAGGGCGGGGCGGCUGUAUUUGUAUGGUACCUUGCAGAUAGGGAGGCUGCAGGUUGGGUUGCGCAAGUUCAGCACUGUGUCGAGGCCCGUGGGAAUGGCAGUCCCCGAUUUCGCCUCGAUGUCUUGAGGCAGGCGUUCUCUACCCCUGAGUAUACCUCGUUAUUUCAUCCCCAAGAAGAGGCACAAUGGGCUCAUCAUGGUCUUGCCACCGACCAAAUUGUCACGGAUCGCGCCCUCAGUUGGAGUUACAUUACGAUGCUCCCUCCAGAUGAGAAAGCUAAGGUAGCGGAGGGCAUCAAAGGUAUUCUUGAGCGAGGAGAUGGUAAAGUCUGGAUCAGCAAGGAGCAGGGCACGUAUCAGGACCCACAUACGGCUCGCACGAUGAUAUCAAGAAAGAAGUAGAACCGUUGAAUAGCCGUCCAUGGGCUUGCGGAUCUUUAGAGGAUCACCGGCCGGGACUAUGUCACUUACAGGUAUUUCGAAAUUUGCUAUGACGACCAUUAUUUUGGGAAGA